GCUCGUGCACGCGGCGCGCGGCUUGUUGUUUGUGCUCCAACAAGAUGGCGGUGGCUCCCGAGAGCAGAGUGCUUACCUACACUGUUUAUAAAUGGAGUUCCUACUCCUCGACAUACUUACCCGAGAACAUUUUGGUGGAUAAACCCAAUGACCAGUCUUCCAGGUGGUCAUCAGAAAGUAAUUAUCCUCCACAGUACUUGAUCUUAAAGCUGGAGAGGCCGGCUAUCGUAUUAAGCAUUACCUAUGGCAAAUAUGAGAAGACGCACGUCUGCAACCUGAAGAAGUUCAAGGUGUUUGGCGGUAUGAGCGAGGAAAACAUGACCGAACUCUUGUCCAGUGGCCUUAAGAACGACUUCAACAAGGAGACAUUCACGCUGAAGCACAAGAUCGAUGAGCAGAUGUUUCCUUGCAGAUACAUUAAAAUAGUGCCUCUGAUGUCAUGGGGUCCCAGUUUUAACUUCAGUAUCUGGUACAUUGAGCUGCACGGGAUAGAAGAUCCAGAAGUAGUCCAGCCCUGCCUUAACUGGUACAGUAAGUACCGUGAACAGGAGGCCAUCCGCCUGUGUCUGAAGCACUUCCGGCAGCACAACUACACCGAGGCCUUCGAGUCAUUGCAAAAGAAGACACGCAUCGCGCUAGAGCACCCCAUGCUCACGCACCUCCACGAGCGACUGGUCCUUCGCGGAGACUUCGACGCCUGCGAGGAGCUCAUCGAUAAAGCUGUGAGAGAUGGCUUGUUUAAUCAGUACAUCAGCCAACAGGAGUACAAGCCACGCUGGAGUCAGAUCAUCCCCAAAUGCACCAAAGGUGAUGGGGACGACAGUAGGCCCGGGAUGAGAGGUGGUCAUCAGAUGGUGAUAGAUGUGCAGACAGAGACCGUAUAUCUGUUUGGAGGUUGGGAUGGCACUCAGGAUUUGGCAGAUUUCUGGGCCUACAGUGUACAGGAGAAUCAGUGGGUCUGUAUCUCCAGAGACACAGAAAAAGAGAAUGGUCCCAGCGCACGUUCCUGCCAUAAGAUGUGCAUCGACUCUCAGAGGAGGCAGAUAUACACGCUGGGCCGCUAUUUAGACUCGUCUGUUCGAAACAGCAAGUCUCUGAAGAGUGACUUCUACCGGUACGACAUUGAUGCUAACACGUGGAUGCUUCUCAGUGAGGACACCUCGGCAGACGGAGGUCCUAAACUUGUGUUCGACCACCAGAUGUGCAUGGAUUCGGAGAAGCACAUGAUCUACACAUUUGGAGGGCGGAUCCUGACGUGUAAUGGCAGUGUCGACGAUGGGCGCACGUCAGAGCCACAGUUCAGCGGCUUGUAUGCGUAUCAGUGCCAAGCGGGUACCUGGAGCCUUCUGAGGGACGACUCGUGCAACGCCGGCCCUGAAGACGUGCAGUCUCGCAUCGGCCACUGCAUGCUCUUUCACACGAGGAAUCGCUGCCUGUAUGUGUUUGGAGGCCAAAGGUCUAAGACGUACCUAAAUGACUUCUUUAGCUACGACGUGGAUGCUGACCACGUUGAAAUCAUCUCAGAUGGCACCAAAAAAGAUUCUGGCAUGGUGCCAAUGACUGGCUUCACCCAACGUGCCACCAUCGACCCAGAACUGAACGAGAUUCAUGUUCUGUCAGGCCUCAGCAAAGACAAAGAUAAACGAGAGGAGAAUGUUCGCAACUCCUUCUGGAUCUACGACAUCACUCGCAACAACUGGUCGUGUGUGUAUAAGAAUGACCAGGCUGUGAAGGAGAACCCUAACAAGACACUGCAGGAGGAAGAGCCGUGCCCUCGGUUUGCUCACCAGCUUGUGUAUGAUGAGCUGCACAAGGUGCAUUACCUGUUUGGGGGGAACCCAGGCAAGUCGAGCUCUCCUAAGAUGCGACUGGAUGACUUUUGGUCUCUGAAACUCUGCCGCCCGUCUAAAGAAUACUUACUGAGACACUGCAAAUAUCUCAUCCGCAAAUACAGAUUUGAGGAGAAGGCCCAGACCGAACCACUGAGUGCCCUUCAGUACUUACAGAAUGAUCUCUCUAUGACUGUGGACCACUCUGACCCUGAUGAGACUAAAGAGUUCCAGCUCCUGCCCUCAGCUCUCUUCAAGUCUAGCUCAGACUUCAUGCCACUAGGUUUUUCAGACGUAGAUCAGACGUACGCCCAGCGCACGCAGCUUUUUGACACACUAGUAAACUUCUUCCCUGACAACAUGACCCCACCCAAGGGUAACCUCGUAGACCUCAUUACCCUGUAGCCACACCCACUGAGUGCUCUCCAUCACACUUAAUGCCACUAAGACUCUCCCCCUGAAGACAGAAGUUAUUUUUCUACAUACAUUUCCGAAUCGCUAUGCUGACCAAAUGUCAUUCCUUCACAAGCAAGAAGGUCUUUUGAACUACCCCUUGAUGGUAAUUUAUCCAAAAUGCAUUCGUGCUUACAGUAACAUUUACUUUAUUCACCCCGUAUCUGAAGAAAUAGGCCCUGAAGUGUCUGCAGCACUUGUGUCCAUUUAUCUUUCCUCUUCGAAGGUAUCUGAGGAAGAUCAAAUCCACAAAUCCAAGACUCGCUUUGUUUUUCCUCUUUUAUUCCAGUCGGGUCUAGCUCAGCGUUAAUCUGAAUUUCAGUUUAUGAAGGUGUAAUGCUCACUAUAGUACAGGGUGCAUUAGAGACGACUGCCAUGGUAGUUGUCUGGCCCUUUAAACCUCUCACUCAAUAUGCUGUUUGAAGUAAGUGGUUUAUUAAAUGUAGGCUUUAAUUUGCACCAUUUUGAAUUCUGCUUGGUUUUGCCAAACGAAGGUGUGAGACGGCAAGUUUACACUUUUGGUUUCUCAGCUUACAGAUUUGUGUGAAUGUGUGCUUGUUUGCUUCUGUUCAUUUUUUGACUACACACAUCAUGAGUAUUCAGCACGUUGUAUUGAUAGAAUUCGAUCGUCAUGCUUCAGGUGAAGGUCUCUGCUCACUGGUACUAAAAAACAAAAACAAACAAAAAAGAUUUCCCUUUCAUUUGUGCCAUAGUUGUAUCUUUAUUUCUGCCUAAAAGUAAUUAAUAGAAUUAAUUUCUCACCUAAGCCGUCUCGAAUAACUGAAUAACGAUAGAGAACGUUAUCGGAUUGGUGAUGCAAAUAACUGCAGUGUGAAAUUGUCCACUGAGCCUCAUUUGAGACUUUCAGAAAGUGUCAUUUGUCUCCUUAUGGUCCGUGUGUGUGUGUGUGUGUGUGUCAGCGUGAAAGCUUGCGCUUGUUCCCCCGAGUCUCGGAAAUCAAGGUACCUGAUACCGUAUGUCUGUGGCUGCACUACUGAACAUGUUGGAAUGUUACUUGGAGGUCGUCUUCCGUUUAAUGUAGUGUGUAAAUAUAACCGUGUAUAAAUGUGUGUGUGUAUAUAAAAGAUCUCCUACUGAAGUAUUACUAAUGACCUGAUUUUGAAGGUUUUUCCCCACUGAAAGCAUAAUAUAUUGGCACAUCAUCGUGUUGGCUUUAUUAGUUUAACAAUUAGUUCAAAACAGUGUUGAAACUGGCUUAUUCUCUCCUAAUGCUUAUUGGAGGUUAUAUUAAUAAAACGUGCACGUCAAAGUUUAUCACGUGUGCACAUCUGUACAAAAUCAAAUCAAACAAGAAACACAUUCUUAACUGGGUUCUUGUCUUAACCUGUUCUACAUAUCUUCCUUCCAGCAUUACCUUUUUAAAGACCCUGCAUUUAAUCGGUUUAAUUACAUUGACAAGCCGAUUUUAAAGUGUAUGCGUUACAUUUAUUCCCAUCAAUAGCCUCCAUUUUAUCAAUUAAUUCCCCAAUUGUGUGUUUCCUGAGCUUGAGUGCAGUUCGAGCUGCUGCAUGAGUCAUUUAUAAUUUUGGGUUCUGGGACAAGGUAGAAGGUUCCACAUGUGGAUUGUGAAACAUGUAAAAGAGGAAAAACACAAUGGGAGCACCUUUUUAGAAAAUGCUUUCGCUUGGACUUUUUUUUUUCUUUUCUUUUUUUUUUUUCCCCUCUCUCAAGUCAUUUUUUCCUCUUGAAAAAAAAAACAUCUCACUUUUCCUCCGCUCUUAUCUCCGAGUGAGGAUAUCGGAAUAUGUGAACACUACACUGUGGCAGACAUGAAUGUGUAGAGAAAAAAACAACAAAAAACAAACGCAUUGUAUGUAAUGUACAUAACGAAUAAAGAUUGUAUUUUGUUCAGGUUUUCUAAAAA